AUGGCAGCAACAGCAGCGUGGCUUUCGCCUCCUUCGCGGACAGAGCUGAUUGAAAAUUUGGUAUCCGGUGUCGACCGUUACAACCCAUCAAAUGUCGGCAUUCUCGAGGAUUACCUCUACCACCAGAUCCGCAGUGAGGAGUAUGACUGCCUUGCUAACCUGGCUAUAUUGAAGCUCUACCAAUUCAACCCUGACCUUUUCAAUCCUGACGUUGUCAUUAAUAUCCUACUCAAAGCUCUUACAGCAGAGCCUUUUCCAGACUUCAACCUCUGCAUAUCUCUCCUCGAUGACCGGCCACCAAAUUCUGCGCUCGACGAGCCCGACCCAUUGCCUACGCUUUUACCGCUUCUCAUGAAUCUCUACAACCUUCUUCACCAGUGCCGUUUCUCCGCGUUUUGGGUACUGUACCGGUCCGAUGAGUUGGAGGUCAUAAGAGAGAAUUAUACAGUGGAGUGUGCAGGGUUCGAAGAUGCCAUCCGGGAAGUCGCCGCGCGAUCAGUAAGGGCUACUUUCACGCGGAUCAACAGCGAGAGGUUGGGAACCUAUGUGGAUCUAUCAGGACCAGAGCUAGAGGCAUGGGUCGCAAAACAACGAUGGACGUUUGAUUCAUCCACUGGCGUGGUCAGCAUACCGCCAAACCCUGACAAUCAGAUUGAAUCGAUCGUCAUUCAAGAGCAUAUCAAGCUUCCACAGCUCAGCAAGGUCAUUUCGCAUACUGUGCAGGUCAAAUGA